AUGGAGACACUCAAUAGGACGGGGGUCCCCGAGUUCUUUCUGAAAGGAUUUUCUGCCUACCCUGCCCUGGAGCACCUGCUCUUCCCGCUGUGUUCAGCCAUGUACCUGGUGACCCUGCUGGGGAACACAGCCAUUGUGGCAGUCAGUGUGCUGGAUGUCCACCUACACACACCCAUGUACUUCUUCCUGAGCAACCUCUCCAUCCUGGACAUCUGUUACACAUCGUCAUUUACCCCCCUGAUGCUUGUUCACUUCCUGUCAACCCAGAAGACCAUCUCCUUCACUGGCUGUGCAGUUCAAAUGUGUCUGAGCUUGUCCACAGGCUCCACUGAGUGCCUACUACUUGCCAUCAUGGCCUAUGAUCGCUACCUGGCCAUUUGCUGGCCUCUCCAGUAUCCUGUGCUCAUGAGCCGCCAGCUCUGCCUGUUGCUGGUGGGAGCUGCCUGGACCUUCUCCCUUCUCAAGUCAGUGACUGAGACAGUCAUCGCCAUGAGGCUGCCCUUCUGUGGUCACUAUGUGAUCAGUCACUUCACCUGUGAGAUCUUGGCAGUGCUGAAGUUGGCAUGCGGCGAUACAUCUGUGAGUGAGGCCUUCUUGUUGGCCGGCAGCAUUCUGCUGUUGCCCAUGCCCCUAACUCUCAUCUGCCUCUCCUACACCCUUAUCUUGGUCACCAUUCUGAGGGUGCCCUCAUCCGCAGGGCGCCGAAAAGCCUUCUCGACCUGCUCAGCUCACCUGGCUGUGGUGGUGCUCUUCUACGGGGCUAUCAUCUACAUGUACAUGAAGCCCAAGAGCAAGGAAGCUCAUGUCUCUGAUGAAGUCUUCACUGUCCUCUAUGCUGUGGUCACACCCAUGUUGAACCCUGUCAUCUACAGCUUGAGGAACAAAGAGGUGAAAGAAGCUGCCAAGAAGGUGUGGAGCAGGAGUUGGUCCUUUAAGUGA